CUUUUGACUACUAUAGAGCGCAGUUUUACGAUUGGUUCGCUACCUUGUUAGGAGUAUCACACUUGAUACUACUAUGUAGAAUACUUUUCAUCACAUUAGAUUGUAAAGGGUUAGGAAAUUGUUAUCAAAGGAGUCUGGAGAAUGCGAAGUCUUAGGAUAUUUAGAAUACUAUAAUGCUGAUGGAAUGUUUGGAACCGAUUUUGCGCCCUGCAGAUUAUAUAGGUUCGUUCCUUGUUUCUGGUAAAGAUCAUCACGAAAGAGCUCAAAUAGUGCGUCAAAAGUUGGAAGCGGCUCGCAAAUAUACCCACAGUAAACCAAUUAUCUUGCUGAUAUCUUUAAGUGGAGUUAAAGUUUGUCAUGAAAAUAAGGAGCGCGUUUAUAUGGCUCAUGCACUUCGACGAAUUUCGUAUGCUACCUGUGACCCAGAAAAUCUUCAGUUUGCCUUCCUUGCCAGGGAACCAAAAGCACAACCGAAUGUCCAAUAUUGUCAUGCAUUCGUCACUAUAACACCUGAAGCAGCCGAGGAACUGAAUACCAUAAUGGGAGAGGUUUUUCGCUUAGCGUAUGCCCAGCAACGUCUUCAUACAGUAUCUAACAAUCCUGUUUUGUUUCACCAGUUUGGUAAGCAUAUACCAGUUUGUCAGGUUCAGAAAGCUCCCAUAACUGUCACAUGUUCUGUUUCUGCUAACCAGGAUAACUCAGUGAGCACAAAAUCUUCAAGUCAAGCUGUCUACGCUGUCAACGUAAAUCCGACCAGUCAAAUAUCCAUGCCUAGCAAACUUCUUCCGCCUUUACCAGAAGCUGAUCAUUGUGCGGCAAGUAACCAGACACCUGUUUCUGUCCAGUUUGAAGUGAACAAUAUUCCACCAAGUGAAGUUUGUGCUGUCGGUGAUAGACAGAGAGGAAGUAAACCUCAUAAACAUAAACAUCACAAGCAUCAUCAUCGUCAUAAAUUACGAGAUGCAACAACAAGUACGUGUGAACAACUUUCAGGUUCGAGCGACUCUGUUGACCCUACUAUUAAAGUUAAUGAAUCGGAAGAACUCAUAAUGAAGAGUAAACAGAUAAAGCCACCUCCCCCACCACCGCGUUCUCAUUCAUCAGUAACUUCAUCUACGCAGCUGUCAACUAAGAAUAUCACAUCUACCCCAGCUGCAAAUCACCAAAGCCCAAUUUUAAAGCAUCAUGAAAAAUUACACGGAAUGGAAGUAAAUAAAACCCCACAUGAAAUGACUGAAGAUCCUACUGAGGUUUUACCGUUAAGACCUAAAUCUACGACAUCUGCACUGGCACAACACUUCUAUGAUAUGGCUGAUCAUCGCAGCUGUGGUGGUAUCGCUCCUGACAAAGAAACUCCUAUUCCAGGAAAAGAUAUGCAAGAAAGUAACGCUGAAUUUAUCAAUGAUAGUGCUCCAGCCAAUACGUCUACAGCAACAACGACGUCAUCAUCAACUACUGGGUGCUCAACCGCUACAUCUGGCUCUGGUCAUCCUGACUCCAGUUCUGAUAAUAGUUUACCGAUUAGCAAACGUUGUACAUGCACUCCAGGUUGCACCAGUGGUGAACAUACGUGCUUAAUAUUUGAUAAUAAUCCGCGUCCUGGAGAUUCGAAUCAGUUGUUGAAACCCACUGAACAGCACCUUCCCGUUCCUCCCACAUCUCCGUGCUCCACUCCAAACGUCCCUACACAAAAUGUUCCAGAUGAUAUCAAUGAGUUGUCGCAUGCUCCUUGGUAUCUUCCAGAUUUACCACGUGAAAAGGCUUUGGAAAUGCUUGCCAAACAACCUCCUGGAAGUUUUGUUGUCCGAGAUAGCGGAAGUCAUCCAAAUAGCUUUGCGUUAUCAGUACGUUCUAGUAAUGGACAAGUAGCUGGUGGCUGUUUCCAUUCUAGACAACCACAUAUACCAGGAAAUCGAAUCAAAGAUACAGCCUCCCAGUUGACAUCAGUUUAUCCAUCUUCUACAAGUGGAAUAACUCACUUUCUUAUCCAGAAGACAUCUGGAGGUGGUGUGAAACUCAAAGGAUUAGAUAAAGAAUGGCCAUCACUUGCUUGUCUUGUCUUACACUUAACUGUAAUGCCUGAAAUGCUCCCUUGCCCACUUCGACUUCCAAGAGCUGCAGCAAAUCCCACCUUCUCGCCUACUGACCAUUGUGUUGGUCAUAAUGACUUUGAGAAACCGCCUAAUGUUACCCCGUCACAAUUUCGUCCAAUGUGCAAUGCCUUACAACGUGUAACAGAUACAAUUUCACUAGAUGAAGCUUUAGCUCGUCUAACAGAUGAAGACGAAGAUUAUCAACGUUUAUCUGAUUUCUCUUCCAUUAUGGCUGAUUUAAAAUUACAGCCUAGAAAUGUGAAUAGAAAGCAUAAAGUUUCAUCUAAAUCCGGUGGCCGUGGUAGAUAAAUACUUUUUUUUGUUAUUGUUAUGAUGCGAAAUCUUAUUAUAAGUUGUAUUAGUACUAUCACUUUACUACCUAUCAAUGUUUUGUGAGAUAAUUGUCUUACUUCUUUUUUUUCUUACCUUUGUAAAGUUUCUGUAUUUGUGUGUGCGCGUGUGUAUGUGAGAAAGAGUUUUUAUCGUAUAUAUUAUUUUCUCUAUUGCAAUACAAACUACCUCUUCAAAUAAAACUAAAUACCCAAUGUGUGUCUGGAAAAAGAAAACAACAUUUCUAGUCCACUUUCUAUUAAAUUAGUUUAUUAUUUUUUCUCUCUCUUAAUUAUCCAUUUUGCUUGCUUUAAACGCAUAAUGAUAUGUAAUGCGUACGCUAAGUUAUAUUAUAAUAUACGUAUUACAUUUACAUUAUUUUAUUGUUAACUAAGUAAUACUAGUUAGUAUUAAUUGAAUUAUAAUCAUGACUUGAUUUCAUUAUUCUUUUUUUCGUUGUCCAUUGUUAUAGGUAUAUGAGUUUUUUUUUUUAAAAUUCAAUAUUAUUGUCAUUAAUUUUUGUUCUAUUCACUUUUUAAUUGUUUAAUUAUAAUUUAUUAUGUAUAUUCUUUCUAUUUCUCUAAUAAUUUUCACCCAUUUUAAAAAGAAAAUUAUUAUUACUGGAAUAGCAUGAAUGAUAACAUGUUGUAAAGUCACUGUUAUGUGCUGCUGCCCAACCAGUUCGUUAGAGGUCUUAUUAAUAAUAAUAAUAACAAUAAUAUUUUGGUAUAUUAAUUUCUGUUUUUUUUUUGACAAACCGGUAUAAUUCAUUCAUUCUCACUGAAAUGUACUAUUUAACAUUUCCUCCCUUUUUUUUCUUCAUUUGCUUCAUCCUCUUAUUUUUGAUCUUAAUCUUACCUCUCUUUUUUUUCUUAGAAAUAAAGGAAUUAACGCAAAAUACUACCUGGUGUAUUUAUUUGUUUAAGUGUUAAAGCAUUUAACUGUUAUAUUUUCAUCAUUUG